AUGACCAGCUACAAUACAGGUGACCAGGCAGGCAACUACUUUCAGACCGAUGCAUCCUUGGCUGAAAAUGAUCGAAAACGCCAAAAAGCAGCCAAUACACUGGGGGAUCCGGUCAAAUUCCCCUCAAAAUUGCUAGCCGUUGGCGUGAAUCACUACUUUGAUGCUACGGGAGAUGUGGCUUUUGUUGCCGAAGCUGGAGGAACGGUCACAGGCCUACGACUAUCCACAAAUGAGAUUUCUACGACUCCCAGAGGCCCCCAGGCACCCCUAACAAGCCUGGCCUUCCACACCACGCGACCCAGCACGGGACAUCCCAUUAAUACGCAUGUCUUCGCUGGCUGCUGGGACAAAUCCAUAUGGACUUAUUCAUUCCAAGGCCCCACAAUUAUCAAUCAAUCCUCAUUUCCUGCUCACCAAGACUUUGUAAAAUGUCUUCUAGUUGUCCGAACUCCAGACAAUCAGGAUAUUUUAAUUUCAGGCGGAGCUGAUGGCGAUGUGCGCUUUUGGAGUCUCGACGGAAGACCACUUGGUUCCCUCAAACCCAAUGCGCGAGGCAUCGAAUGUCUUGCCCUCGAUCCGCUAUCCUCAUCCGAUUUACCUAUCGUGAUGCUCUCAACAUCCAAACAAGAAAUCUUCUCCUUUGCUGUCCCUGCACUAUCGACAAACACCACGCAGAAACUUGACCUGUCUUUGCCCAUCCUGGCUCAUGCCACAAGUGUGUACAAGCUACACUUUGAUGAAGACGGAGAUCUAUGGACAGCCUCAGCUGACAAAACAGCCAAGCACCUCCUGCGGGAAGAGGGUUGGAGGGCUGAUACAACACUGACACACCCUGACUUUGUGCGAGAUGUGAUUACCCACGACAGAUAUGGCUGGGUCAUAACGGCCUGCAGAGACGAGAAUGUACGUGUAUGGAACAAAGCGACGGGUGACUUGCACCAUGUUUUCACCGGCCACUACGAAGAAGUAACAGGACUGUCCCUGGCUGGUGAUUUGGUCAUUAGUGUUAGCAUUGACGCGACACUUCGAAGAUGGAGCCUGGCUCCUGCGGAUCUAAACAAGGCGGUUGAGGAGGCCAAGAACCCACGGCUCCUCGAACAGGAACCUGAACCCAACACUGAACUAGGGAUGCUGACAGAGGAAGAGGAGGCAGAACUCCGAGCGUUGAUGGAGGAAGAAGAGCAAGAGGUGUUGGAGAAGAUGGCCACGGACGAGCAAUAA